AUGCGAUACCAAACACGUGCUACAAUCUUAGUGCUGGCAGCGAACUGGGCCAACGCCCACUCGUGGGUGGAACAGCUCGCCAACAUCGCCUCGAAUGGCUCGUAUGUGUCUAGCUUUGGCUAUCCGCGAGGUUUUGCAGACAAGACCGUCGGCAGCAGCUUCGACCAGGAAGCCAACAAAUGGCUUCUACCGCGCCACGCAGAAUUCAUCAACGAGACAGAUCCCCUUUGCCACCCAUCUCAACGCGUUCCCAACCAAGCAGGUGAAUUUUCUCGUCUGCAGACCAGCCCAGGCAGCAUGGUUGCGGUGCGUUAUGCUGAGAAUGGCCACGUCACCCUACCUGGCGGUGGAAAGGGUCUCGUGGGGAAGCCAGAGAAGGGCGGUACGGUGUUUGUGUUCGGCACAGAGCAGCCGCGCCCCGAUGAGACUCUGCAAAACGUGUUACAAUGGACAAGAGAUGGGAAGGGAGGCGAUCGAGGUGGCAGACUACUGACCGCCCAAAACUUCGAUGAUGACAGAUGCUACCAGCUUAGGACUGAUGUCACAGCGUUGGGGGAAGCCCGUCGGUCAAAGACACCGAACCCGAAGCCAGGACAGCCCGGCUCAGAACAUGAACUUCUCUGCGAGACAGACGUGAGACUACCAGAUGAUGUUGCCGUUGGCCAGCCCUACACGCUCUAUUGGGUGUGGCAGUGGCCCACAGCACCGCAGGCAGAGCCCGGGCCCCUUCACGGGAAGGACGAGUACUACACAUCGUGUAUCGACGUGGACAUUGUCUCCGACCUGCCGCCAGACCAGAGUGGCACUGUGCUCAGAGACCAGGACCCAAUGACGAGGGCUGUGUCCAAUUUUGGAUCUCGCACCGCGAUGACCGUCGACCCGCUAGCAUUGUCGUCGCAGCCAGGCUUUGGGCAGCCCACCAGAACCAGCGGUCAUCCCCCUCCUAUCAGCCAGACUGUCACACCCUUGUAUCCACCCUCACCCUCUGCAUAG